AUGGCUCACGAAGAAGAAGAGCCCAAAAGGGUCGUCCAAUACCCAUUGGACUUGGAGUCGUACAAGAUUCUAGAUAAAGUUGGUGCUAGUCCUUGCGCUGUUGUUUACAAGGCCGUAUGCGUGCCCAUGAACUCCACGGUGGUGGCAAUCAAAGCCAUCAAUCUUGAUCAAGCAUGGUGGUGGCAAUCAAAGCCACCGCCUUUGUCCCACCCAAAUGUCCUCAACGCUCUCUGUUCCUUCACAGAUGAUCAACACCUUUGGUUGGUGAUGCCAUUCAUGUCCGCAGGUUCUUUACAAUCCAUAAUAUCUUCUUCCUUCCCAGACGGCCUAUCCGAGCCAUGCAUCGCCAUAAUUCUCAAACAAACUCUAACUGCCUUGUCCUUUCUUCACACCCAACAACACACUCACAGAGACAUCAAGCCCGGUAACAUCCUCAUUGACUCAAAUGGGUCCGUCAAGCUUUCCUUCUUUGGAUUGUUGGCCUCAAUCUACCAGGCUUUGAGAUCAACUCGUCAAGGAUGGUCCACAUUACUUGCAGACGCUCCGUAUUGGCGGGCCCCAGAGGUAAUACACUCCCAACAAGGGUACACUGUAAAGGCUGAUAUAUGGUCCUUUGGGAUCACUGCUUUAGAAUUGGCCCACGGACGCCCUCCUUUGUCGUCUUCAAAUCACAAUAAUUUCUCCAAGGCUUUCAAAGAAAUGGUGGCUUCGUGUCUCCAUCAAGACCCAUCAAAGAGGCCCUCGGCAGAGACAUUGUUGAAGCAUUCCUUCUUCGAGAAUUGCGGGGGUUUGGAUUUUCUUGUAAAGAAUGUCUUGCAGGGGCUGCCUAGUCUUGAACAAAGGUUCAAGGGAAGCAAGAUUAAUAUACAUGCGCCGCUGAGGAGCAAGAACAGAGAAGUGGGUGACUCCUCUUGCUCGUCUGGGAGGCAGAGUAUCGAACAGAGAAGGAUCAGCAGUUGGAGCUUCAACGAGGACGAGUUUGAACUCGACCCAGUGUACCCAACCGAUUCCACUGAUUCAGUUGUGAAAAAAGUUCGGUUUGGCGGUGAAACU